UGAUAAGUGAUUUGGCUGCUGCCAUGUCAUAACAACAUUUUGGAGUUGUUUUCCAGAUUGCAAUUAAAAGUUUACAAAAAUUUAGUAUUUUUCCUGUCCAAUCCCUAUCGUUGCGGUAUGAUUCACAGCCUGUUCAUCAUCAAUUCUAGUGGCGACGUAUUUCUGGAGAAACACUGGCGCAGUGUAGUUUCCCGAACUUGUGUUUCCUAUUUCCUAGAUGCUCAAAGAGAAUCUCCCAAUGACGUCCCACCGGUUAUAUCGACGCCCCAUCAUUAUCUGGUCUCCAUCCAGCGGGGCGGAGUCUCACUGGUGGCUGCAUGCAAGCAAGAAUUUCCGCCCCUAUUUGUUAUAGAAUUUCUGCACCGGGUGGUGGACACAUUCGAAGAUUAUUUCUCCGAGUGCACAGAAAGCAUUAUCAAGGAAAAUUACGUGGUGGUGUACGAGCUGCUGGACGAAAUGCUCGAUAAUGGUUUUCCACUGGCAACGGAAAGUAACAUUCUGAAGGAGCUGAUAAAACCUCCGAAUAUUUUACGUACGAUAGCCAAUUCAGUAACGGGAAAGUCAAAUGUAAGUGGAACACUUCCAACUGGCCAGCUGUCGGCUAUUCCGUGGAGACGAACUGGUGUCAAGUACACCAACAACGAGGCUUAUUUCGAUGUCAUUGAAGAAGUGGAUGCAAUUAUCGAUAAAAAUGGCCAAACGGUGUUUGCGGAAAUUCAAGGCUAUAUCGAUUGCUGCAUCAAACUGAGUGGAAUGCCAGAUUUGACACUGUCUUUUAUGAAUCCUCGUCUAUUCGACGAUGUAUCCUUCCAUCCGUGCGUUCGCUUCAAACGUUGGGAGUCGGAGCGAAUUCUAUCGUUCAUACCGCCAGACGGCAAUUUCCGACUGAUGUCCUACCAUGUUGGGUCGCAAAGCGUUGUCGCAAUUCCAAUCUACGUGCGGCACAAUUUAAGCUUACGGCCAGGUGAACAGGGUCGAAUGGAUAUCACCGUGGGGCCCAAGACAACACUGGGUCGAAUUGUGGAAGGUGUGAAACUAGAGAUUCGAAUGCCAAAAUCGGUACUCACUUGCGCUCUGUUGGCUAGCCAGGGCAAAUAUACGUUCGAUCCGGUAACGAAAAUACUGCACUGGGACGUAGGCAAAAUUGACGUUACGAAACUGCCGAAUAUCCGAGGCACAGUUUCUACGGCAGUCGGCAGUACUUCGCUGGAGACCAGCAUUGAUCGGGUGCAAUUUACAAUUUCUCAACUGGCCGUUUCUGGCCUGAAGGUAAACCGGCUGGAUAUGUAUGGAGAAAAAUACAAACCCUUCAAGGGAGUUAAAUACGUGACCAAGGCGGGUAAAUUUCAGAUUCGCAUGUAAGAGUAAAUUUAUUCCCCUCACCAGAUAUCUCAUUUUAUUUGCUUUAUCAAUGUCUUAUUAGAUGAAAUAAUCGUUCCAA